AUGAUCAUUCACAGCAGCAACAAUCGUCCCCAAACCGCUGAAUGGUGCAAGGAUCAGCAACAUCUGAUGACGACUUACGCUCACUUCAUGACACAAGCGCUCAACCAAUCCAAACCAGCACAGCAUCCUGAUAUACCACCCCACUCUGACAUUGGUCAAGACAGCCAGACACUGACAUACUUCACCACAAAACCUGAAUCGGAUUCUAAGGAAGAUGAUUCAUCUUCAGAACGAGAUAUAAAAGAAGCAGAAGUGAAGGUUGACAGAUGUCGAUCACCAUCCAGAUCUAAGUCAGAUGAUAUCAGCUCCUCCAAACCUGCUGACAUUGAUCGCAAUGAUCAGCCGAAGACAUCUGACGACAGUACUUCUAGCAGCUCACCAAAUUCAUCUGACGACAAGAAGCCUGCAUCAACCAAACCUAAACCCAGCAGCAAGCAUUCUUCUAGUGAUGAUACCAGCUUCUCGAAACCUGCUGACAUUGGUCGCAAGGAUCAGCCGAAGACAUCUGAUGACAGUACUUCUAGCAGCUCACCAAGUUCAUCUGACGACAAGAAACCGGCAUCAACCAAAUCCAAACCAAGCAGCAAGCAUUUUUCGAGUAUUGAUACCAGCUCCUCGAAACCAGCUGACAUUGGUCACAAGGAUCAGCCAAAGACAUCUAUUGACAGUACUUCUAGCAGCUCACCAAGUUCAUCUGACGACAAGCAGCCCGUUUCAACCAAAUCCAAACCAAGCAGCAAGCAUUCAUCCGGUGAUGAUACCAGCUCCUCUAAACCUGCUGACAUUGGUCACAAGGAUCAGCCAAAGACAUCUGUUGACAGUACUUCUAGCAGCUCACCAAGUUCAUCUGACGACAAGAAGCUGGCAACAACCAAAUCUAAACCAAGCAGCAAGCAUUCAUCCGGUGAUGAUACCAGCUCCUCUAAACCUGCUGACAUUGGUCGCAAGGAUCAGCCGAAGACAUCUGAUGACAGUACUUCUAGCAGCUCACCCAUUUCAUCUGACGACAUGAAGCCCGCUUCAACCAAAUCCAAACCAAGCAGCAAGCAUUCAUCCGGUGAUGAUACCAGCUCCUAUAAACCUGCUGACAUUGGUCGCAAGGAUCAGCCGAAGACAUCUAACGACAGUACUUCUAACAGUUCACCCAGUUCAUCUGACGACAAGAAGCCCGCUUCAACCAAAUCCAAAUCAAGCAGCAAGAAUUCUUCUGGUAAGCUGGAUUCGGUCGAAAAUAAGAGUUCCAGCUCCCCAUCGUCUUUAAGUGCGUUAGCCCAAGAUCAAAAGCCAGGAUCAAAACCGGUAAGCCGAAGUCCAGGUAGCUCGAAAAAGUCUGAAUCUGAUAAGGAAGUCACUCUUGAUUUGUCGUUGUCAAAGAAACCUGAAUCGGAUUCCAAGGAAGAUGAAUCAUCCUCAGAACGAGAUAUAAAAGAAGAAGAAGUGAAAGUUGACAGAUCUCGAUCACACUCCAGAUCUAAGUCAGAUGAUAACAGCUCCUCCAAACCUGCUGACAUUGGUCGCAAGGAUCAGUUGAAGACAUCUGACGACAGUACUUCUAGCAGCUCAUCCAUUUCAUCUGACGACAAGAAGCUUGCACCAACCAAAUCCAAACCAAGCAGCAACCAUUCUUGUGGUAAGCCGGAUUCGGUUGAAGAUAAGAGUUCCAGCUCCCCAUCGUCUUCAAGUGCGUCAGCCCAAGAUCAAAAGCCAGGAUCAAAACCGGUAAGCCGAAGUCCAGGUAGCUCGAAAAAGUUUGAAUCUGAUAAGGAAGUCACCCUUGAUUUGUCGUUGUCAAAGAAACCUGAAUCGGAUUCCAAGGAAGAUGAUUCAUCUUCAGAACGAGAUAUAAAAGAAGCAGAAGUGAAGGUUUACAGAUGUCGAUCACCGUCCAGAUCUAAGUCAGAUGAUAUCAGCUCCUCCAAACCUGCUGACAUUGGUCGGAAUGAUCAGCCGAAGACAUCUGACAACAGUAAUUCUAUUAGCUCACCAAGUUCAACUGACGACAAGAAGCCUGCAUUAACCAAAACUGAACCCAGCAGCAAGCAUUCUUCUAGUGAUGAUACCAGCUCCUCGAAACCUGCUGACAUUGGUCGCAAGGAUCAGCCGAAGACAUCUGAUGACAGUACUUCUAGCAGCUCACCAAGUUCAUCUGACGACAAGAAGCCAGCAUCAACCAAAUCCAAACCAAGCAGCAAGCAUUCUUUUAGUGAUGAUACCAGCUCCUCGAAACCUGCUGACAUUGGGCACAAGGAUCAGCCGAAGACAUCUAACGACAGUACUUCUAACAGUUCACCCUGUUCAUCUGACGAGAAGAAGCCUGCAUCAACCAAAUCCAAACCAAGCAGCAAGCAUUCUUCUAGUGAUGAUACCAGCUCCUCGAAACCUGCUGACAUUGGUCACAAGGAUCAGCCAAAGACAUCUGAUGACAGUACUUCUAGCAGCUCACCAAGUUCAUCUGACGACAAGAAGCCGGCAUCAACCAAAUCCAAACCAAGCAGCAAGCAUUCUUCUAGUGAUGAUACCAGCUCCUCGAAACCUGCUGACAUUGGUCACAAGGAUCAGCCAAAGACAUCUGUUGACAGUACUUCUAGCAGCUCACCAAGUUCAUCUGACGACAAGAAGCUGGCAACAACCAAAUCUAAACCAAGCAGCAAGCAUUCAUCCGGUGAUGAUACCAGCUCCUCUAAACCUGCUGACAUUGGUCGCAAGGAUCAGCCGAAGACAUCUGAUGACAGUACUUCUAGCAGCUCACCCAUUUCAUCUGACGACAUGAAGCCCGCUUCAACCAAAUCCAAACCAAGCAGCAAGCAUUCAUCCGGUGAUGAUACCAGCUCCUAUAAACCUGCUGACAUUGGUCGCAAGGAUCAGCCGAAGACAUCUAACGACAGUACUUCUAACAGUUCACCCAGUUCAUCUGACGACAAGAAGCCCGCUUCAACCAAAUCCAAAUCAAGCAGCAAGAAUUCUUCUGGUAAGCUGGAUUCGGUCGAAAAUGAGAGUUCCAGCUCCCCAUCGUCUUCAAGUGCGUUAGCCCAAGAUCAAAAGCCAGGAUCAAAACCGGUAAGCCGAAGUCCAGGUAGCUCGAAAAAGUCUGAAUCUGAUAAGGAAGUCACUCUUGAUUUGUCGUUGUCAAAGAAACCUGAAUCGGAUUCCAAGGAAGAUGAAUCAUCCUCAGAACGAGAUAUAAAAGAAGAAGAAGUGAAAGUUGACAGAUCUCGAUCACACUCCAGAUCUAAGUCAGAUGAUAACAGCUCCUCCAAACCUGCUGACAUUGGUCGCAAGGAUCAGUUGAAGACAUCUGACGACAGUACUUCUAGCAGCUCAUCCAUUUCAUCUGACGACAAGAAGCUUGCACCAACCAAAUCCAAACCAAGCAGCAACCAUUCUUGUGGUAAGCCGGAUUCGGUUGAAGAUAAGAGUUUCAGCUCCCCAUCGUCUUCAAGUGCGUCAGCCCAAGAUCAAAAGCCAGGAUCAAAACCGGUAAGCCGAAGUCCAGGUAGCUCGAAAAAGUCUGAAUCUGAUAAGGAAGUCACCCUUGAUUUGUCGUUGUCAAAGAAACCUGAAUCGGAUUCCAAGGAAGAUGAUUCAUCUUCAGAACGAGAUAUAAAAGAAGCAGAAGUGAAGGUUUACAGAUGUCGAUCACCGUCCAGAUCUAAGUCAGAUGAUAUCAGCUCCUCCAAACCUGCUGACAUUGGUCGGAAUGAUCAGCCGAAGACAUCUGACAACAGUAAUUCUAUUAGCUCACCAAGUUCAACUGACGACAAGAAGCCUGCAUUAACCAAACCUGAACCCAGCAGCAAGCAUUCUUCUAGUGAUGAUACCAGCUCCUCGAAACCUGCUGACAUUGGUCGCAAGGAUCAGCCGAAGACAUCUGAUGACAGUACUUCUAGCAGCUCACCAAGUUCAUCUGACGACAAGAAGCCAGCAUCAACCAAAUCCAAACCAAGCAGCAAGCAUUCUUUUAGUGAUGAUACCAGCUCCUCGAAACCUGCUGACAUUGGUCGCAAGGAUCAGCAAAAGACAUCUGAUGACAGUACUUCUAGCAACUCACUAAGUUCAUCUGACGACAAGAAGCCAGCAUCAACCAAAUCCAAACCAAGCAGCAAGCAUUCUUUUUGUGAUGAUACCAGCUCCUCGAAACCUGCUGACAUUGGGCACAAGGAUCAGCUGAAGACAUCUAACGACAGUACUUCUAACAGUUCACCCUGUUCAUCUGACGAGAAGAAGCUGGCAUCAACCAAAUCCAAACCAAGCAGCAAGCAUUCUUCUAGUGAUGAUACCAGCUCCUCGAAACCUGCUGACAUUGGUCACAAGGAUCAGCCAAAGACAUCUGAUGACAGUACUUGUAUUAGCUCACCAAGUUCAUCUGACGACAAGAAGCCGGCAUCAACCAAAUCCAAACCAAGCAGCAAGCAUUCUUCUAGUGAUGAUACCAGCUCUUCUAAAACUGCUGACAUUGCUUGCAAGGAUCAGCCGAAGACAUCUGAUAAAAGUACUUCUAGCAGCUCACCAAGUUCAUAUGACGACAAGAAGCCGGCAUCAACCAAAUCCAAACCAACCAGCAAGCAUUCUUCUAGUGAUGAUACCAGCUCCGCAAAACCUGCUGACAUAGGUCGCAAGGAUCAGCCGAAGACAUCUGAUGACAGUACUUGUAUUAGCUCACCAAGUUCAUAUGACGACAAGAAGCCGGCAUCAACCAAAUCCAAACCAAGCAGCAAGCAUUCUUCUAGUGAUGAUACCAGCUCUUCUAAAACUGCUGACAUUGCUUGCAAGGAUCAGCCGAAGACAUCUGAUAAAAGUACUUCUAGCAGCUCACCAAGUUCAUAUGACGACAAGAAGCCGGCAUCAACCAAAUCUAAACCAAGCAGCAAGCAUUCUUCUAGUGAUGAUACCAGCUCCUCUAAACCUGCUGACAUUGGUCACAAGGAUCAGCCAAAGACAUCUGAUGGCAGUACUUCUAGCAGCUCACCAAGUUCAUCUGACGACAAGAAGCCGACAACAACCAAAUCUAAACCAAGCAGCAAGCAUUCUUCUAGUGAUGAUACCAGCUCCUCUAAACCUGCUGACAUUGCUCGCAAGGAUCAGCCGAAGACAUCUGAUGACAGUACUUCUAGCAGCUCACCAAGUUCAUCUGACGACAAGAAGCCUGCAUCAACCAAAUCAAAACCAAGCAGCAAGCAUUCUUCUAGUGAUGAUACCAGCUCCUCGAAACCUGCUGACAUUGGUCACAAGGAUCAGCCGAAGACAUCUGAUGACAGUACUUCUAGCAGCUCACCAAGUUCAUCUGACGACAAGAAGCCGGCAACAACCAAAUCUAAACCAAGCAGCAAGCAUUCUUCUAGUGAUGAUACCAGCUCCUCGAAACCUGCUGACAUUGCUCGCAAGGAUCUGCCGAAGACAUCUGAUGACAGUACUUCUAGCAGCUCACCAAGUUCAUCUGACGACAAGAAGCCGGCAAAAACCAAAUCAAAACCAAGCAGCAAGCAUUCUUCUAGUGAUGAUACCAGCUCCUCGAAACCUGCUGACAUUGCUCGCAAGGAUCUGCCGAAGACAUCUGAUGACAGUACUUCUAGCAGCUCACCAAGUUCAUCUGACGACAAGAAGCCGGCAACAACCAAAUCAAAACCAAGAAGCAAGCAUUCUUCUAGUGAUGAUACCAGCUACUCUAAACCUGCUGACAUUGCUCGCAAGGAUCAGCCGAAGACAUCUAACGACAGUACUUUUAACAGUUCACCCUGUUCAUCUGACGACAAGAAGCCCGCUUCAACAAAAUCCAAAUCAAGCAGCAAGAAUUCUUCUGGUAAGCUGGAUUCGGUCGAAGAUGAGAGUUCCAGCUCCCCAUCGUCUUCAAGUGUGUUAGCCCAAUAUCGAAAGCCAGGAUCAAAACCGGUUAGCCAAAGUCCAGGUAGCUCGAAAAAGUCUGAAUCUGAUAAGGAAGUCACCCUUGAUUUGUCGUUGUCAAAGAAACCUGAAUCGGAUUCCAAGGAAGAUGAUUCAUCUUCAGAACGAGAUAUAAAAAAAGCAGAAGUGAAGGUUGACAGAUGUCGAUCACCCUCCAGAUCUAAGUCAGAUGAUAUCAGCUCCUCCAAACCUGCUGACAUUGGUCGCAAUGAUCAGCCGAAGACAUCUGAUGACAGUACUUCUAGCAGCUCACCAAGUUCAUAUGACGACAAGAAGCCUGCAUCAACCAAACCUAAACCCAGCAGCAAGCAUUCUUCUAGUGAUGAUACCAGCUCCUCAAAACCUGCUGACAUUGGUCGCAAGGGUCAGCCGAAGACAUCUGAUGACAGUACUUCUAGCAGCUCACCAAGUUCAUCUGACAACAAGAAGCCCACUUCAACCAAAUCCAAACCAAGCAGCAACCAUUCUUGUGGUAAGCCGGAUUCGGUUGAAGAUAAGAGUUCCAGGUCCCCAUCGUCUUCAAGUGCGUCAGCCCAAGAUCAAAAGCCAGAAUCAAAACCGGUAAGCCGAAGUCCAGGUAGCUCGAAAAAGUCUGAAUCUGAUAAGGAAGUCACCCUUGAUUUGUCGUUGUCAAAGAAACCUGAAUCGGAUUCCAAGGAAGAUGAUUCAUCUUCAGAACGAGAUAUAAAAGAAGCAGAAGUGAAGGUUGACAGAUGUCGAUCACCGUCCAGAUCUAAGUCAGAUGAUAUCAGCUCCUCCAAACCUGCUGGCAUUGGUCGCAAUGAUCAGCCGAAGACAUCUGAUGACAGUACUUCUAGCAGCUCACCAAGUUCAUAUGACGACAAGAAGCCUGCAUCAACCAAACCUAAACCCAGCAGCAAGCAUUCUUCUAGUGAUGAUACCAGCUCCUCAAAACCUGCUGACAUUGGUCGCAAGGGUCAGCCGAAGACAUCUGAUGACAGUACUUCUAGCAGCUCACCAAGUUCAUCUGACAACAAGAAGCCCACUUCAACCAAAUCCAAACCAAGCAGCAACCAUUCUUGUGGUAAGCCGGAUUCGGUUGAAGAUAAGAGUUCCAGGUCCCCAUCGUCUUCAAGUGCGUCAGCCCAAGAUCAAAAGCCAGAAUCAAAACCGGUAAGCCGAAGUCCAGGUAGCUCGAAAAAGUCUGAAUCUGAUAAGGAAGUCACCCUUGAUUUGUCGUUGUCAAAGAAACCUGAAUCGGAUUCCAAGGAAGAUGAUUCAUCUUCAGAACGAGAUAUAAAAGAAGCAGAAGUGAAGGUUGACAGAUGUCGAUCACCGUCCAGAUCUAAGUCAGAUGAUAUCAGCUCCUCCAAACCUGCUGACAUUGGUCGCAAGGAUCAGCCGAAGACAUCUGAUGACAGUACUUCUAGCAGCUCACCAAGUUCAUCUGACGACAAGAAGCCGGCAUCAACCAAAUCUAAACCAAGCAGCAAGCAUUCUUCUAAUGAUGAUACCAGCUCCUCGAAACCUGCUGACAUUGGUCACAAGGAUCAGCCAAAGACAUCUGAUGACAGUACUUCUAGCAGCUCACCAAGUUCAUCUGAUGACAAGAAGCCGGCAUCAACCAAAUCUAAACCAAGCAGCAAGCAUUCUUCUAGUGAUGAUACCAGCUCCUCGAAACCUGCUGACAUUGGUCACAAGGAUCAGCCAAAGACAUCUGAUGACAGUACUUCUAGCAGCUCACCAAGUUCAUCUGACAACAAGAAGCCCACUUCAACCAAAUCCAAACCAAGCAGCAACCAUUCUUGUGGUAAGCCGGAUUCGGUUGAAGAUAAGAGUUCCAGGUCCCCAUCGUCUUCAAGUGCGUCAGCCCAAGAUCAAAAGCCAGAAUCAAAACCGGUAAGCCGAAGUCCAGGUAGCUCGAAAAAGUCUGAAUCUGAUAAGGAAGUCACCCUUGAUUUGUCGUUGUCAAAGAAACCUGAAUCGGAUUCCAAGGAAGAUGAUUCAUCUUCAGAACGAGAUAUAAAAGAAGCAGAAGUGAAGGUUGACAGAUGUCGAUCACCGUCCAGAUCUAAGUCAGAUGAUAUCAGCUCCUCCAAACCUGCUGACAUUGGUCGCAAGGAUCAGCCGAAGACAUCUGAUGACAGUACUUCUAGCAGCUCACCAAGUUCAUCUGACGACAAGAAGCCGGCAUCAACCAAAUCCAAACCAAGCAGCAAGCAUUCUUCUAGUGAUGAUACCAGCUACUCUAAACCUGCUGACAUUGGUCACAAGGAUCAGCCAAAGACAUCUGAUGACAGUACUUCUAGCAGCUCACCAAGUUCAUCUGACGACAAGAAGCCUGCAUCAACCAAAUCCAAACCAAGCAGCAAGCAUUCUUCUAGUGAUGAUACCAGCUCCUCGAAACCAGCUGACAUUGGUCACAAGGAUCAGCCAAAGACAUCUGAUGACAGUACUUCUAGCAGCUCACCAAGUUCAUCUGACGACAAGAAGCCGGCAUCAACCAAACCUAAACCCAGCAGCAAGCAUUCUUCUAGUGAUGAUACCAGCUCCUCGAAGCCUGCUGACAUUGCUUACAAGGAUCAGCCGAAGACAUCUGAUGACAGUACUUCUAGCAGCUCACCAAGUUCAUCUGACGACAAGAAGCCGGCAUCAACCAAAUCCAAACCAAGCAGCAAGCAUUCUUCUAGUGAUGAUACCAGCUCCUCUAAACCUGCUGACAUUGGUCACAAGGAUCAGCCGAAGACAUCUGAUGACAGUACUUCUAGCAGCUCACUAAGUUCAUCUGACAACAAGAAGCCGGCAAAAACCAAAUCUAAACCAAGCAGCAAGCAUUCUUCUAGUGAUGAUACCAGCUACUCUAAACCUGCUGACAUUGGUCGCAAGGAUCAGACGAAGACAUCUAACGACAGUACUUCUAACAGUUUACCCUGUUCAUCUGACGACAAGAAGCCCGCUUCAACAAAAUCCAAAUCAAGCAGCAAGAAUUCUUCUGGUAAGCUGGAUUCGGUCGAAGAUGAGAGUUCCAGCUCCCCAUCGUCUUCAAGUUUGUCAGCCCAAUAUCAAAAGCCAGGAUCAAAACCGGUUAGCCAAAGUCAAGGUAGCUCGAAAAAGUCUGAAUCCGAUAAGGAAGUCACUCUUGAUUUGUCGUUGUCAAAGAAACCUGAAUCGGAUUCCAAGGAAGAGGAUUCAUUUUCAGAACGAGAUAUAAAAGAAGCAGAAGUGAAGGUUGCCAGAUGUCGAUCACCGUCCAGAUCUAAGUCAAAUGAUAUCAGUUCCUCCAAACCUGCUGAUAUUGGUUGCAAGGAUCAGCCGAAGACAUCUGAUGACAGUACUUCUAGCAGCUCACCCGUUUCAUCUGACGACAAGAAGCCCGCUUCAACCUUAUCCAAACCAAGCAGCAAGCAUUCAUCCGGUGAUGAUACCAGCUCCUCUAAACCUGCUGACAUUGGUCGCAAGGAUCAGCCGAAAACAUCUGAUGACAGUAUUUCUAGCAGCUCAACAAGUUCAUCUGACGACAAGAAGCCUGCAUCAACCAAACCUAAACCCAGCAGCAAGCAUUUUUCUAAUGAUGAUACCAGCUCCUCGAAACCUGCUGACAUUUGUCGCAAGGAUCAGCCGAAGACAUCUGAUGACAGUACUUCUAGCAGCUCACCAAGUUCAUCUGACGACAAGAAGCCCGCUUCAACCAAAUACAAAUCAAGCAGCAAGAAUUCUUCUAGUGAUGAUACCAGCUCCUCGAAGCCUGCUGACAUUGGUCACAAGAAUCAGCCAAAGACAUCUGAUGACAGUACUUCUAGCAGCUCACCAAGUUCAGCUGACGACAAGAAGCCGGCAACAACCAAAUCUAAACCAAGCAGCAACCAUUCUUUUAGUGAUGAUACCAGCUCCUCGAAGCCUGCUGACAUUGGUCACAAGGAUCAGCCGAAGACAUCUGAUGACAGUACUUCUAGCAGCUCACCAAGUUCAUCUGACGACAAGAAGCCUGCAACAACCAAAUCUAAACCAAGCAGCAACCAUUCUUUUAGUGAUGAUACCAGCUCCUCUAAACCUGCUGACAUUGGUCGCAAGGAUCAGCCGAAGACAUCUAACGACAGUACUUCUAACAGUUCACCCAGUUCAUCUGACGACAAGAAGCCCGCGUCAAUUAAAUCAAAACCAAGCAGCAACCAUUCUUGUGGUAAGCCGGAUUCGGUUGAAGAUAAGAGUUCCAGCUCCCCAUCGUCUUCAAGUGCGUCAGCCCAAGAUCAAAAGCCAGGAUCAAAACCGGUAAGCCGAAGUCCAGGUAGCUCGAAAAAGUCUGAAUCUGAUAAGGAAGUCACCCUUGAUUUGUCGUUGUCAAAGAAACCUGAAUCGGAUUCCAAGGAAGAUGAUUCAUCUUCAGAACGAGAUAUAAAAGAAGCAGAAGUGAAGGUUGACAGAUGUCGAUCACCGUCCAGAUCUAAGUCAGAUGAUAUCAGCUCCUCCAAACCUGCUGACAUUGGUCGCAAUGAUCAGCCGAAGACAUCUGACGACAGUACUUCUAGCAGCUCACCAAGUUCAUCUGACGACAAGAAGCCUGCAUCAACCAAACCUAAACCCAGCAGCAAGCAUUCUUCUAGUGAUGAUACCAGCUCCUCGAAGCCUGCUGACAUUGGUCACAAGGAUCAGCCAAAGACAUCUGAUGACAGUACUUCUAGCAGCUCACCAAUUUCAUCUGACGACAAGAAGCCGGUAACAACCAAAUCUAAACCAAGCAGCAAGCAUUAUUCUAGUGAUGAUACCAGCUCCUCUAAACCUGCUGACAUUGGUCGCAAGGAUCAGCCGAAGACAUCUAACGACAGUACUUCUAACAGUUCACCCAGUUCAUCUGACAACAAGAAGCCCGCUUCAACCAAAUCCAAAUCAAGCAGCAAGAAUUCAUCUGGUAAGCUGGAUUCGGUCGAAGAUGAGAGUUCCAGCUCCCCAUCGUCUUCAAGUGCGUUAGCCCAAGAUCAAAAGCCAGGAUCAAAACCGGUAAGCCGAAGUCCAGGUAGCUCGAAAAAGUCUGAAUCCGAUAAGGAAGUCACUUUUGAUUUGUCGUUGUCAAAGAAACCUGAAUCGGAUUCCAAGGAAGAGGAUUCAUUUUCAGAACGAGACAUAAAAGAAGCAGAAGUGAAGGUUGCCAGAUCUCGAUCACCGUCCAGAUCUAAGUCAAAUGAUAUCAGCUCCUCCAAACCUGCUGAUAUUGGUCGCAAGGAUCAACCGAAGACAUCUGAUGACAGUACUUCUAGCAGCUCACCCGUUUCAUCUGACGACAAGAAGCCCGCUUCAACCAAAUCCAAACCAAGCAGCAAGCAUUCAUCCGGUGAUGAUACCAGCUCCUCUAAACCUGCUGACAUUGGUCGCAAGGAUCAGCCGAAGACAUCUGACAACAGUACUUCUAUUAGCUCAUCCAGUUUAUCUGACGACAAGAAGCCCACUUCAACCAAAUCCAAACCAAGCAGCAACCAUUCUUGUGGUAAGCCGGAUUCGGUUGAAGAUAAGAGUUCCAGCUCCUCAUCGUCUUCAAGUGCGUCAGCCCAAGAUCAAAAGCCAGGAUCAAAACCGGUAAGCCGAAGUCCAGGUAGCUCGAAAAAGUCUGAAUCCGAUAAGGAAGUCACUUUUGAUUUGUCGUUGUCAAAGAAACCUGAAUCGGAUUCCAAGGAAGAGGAUUCAUUUUCAGAACGAGACAUAAAAGAAGCAGAAGUGAAGGUUGCCAGAUCUCGAUCACCGUCCAGAUCUAAGUCAAAUGAUAUCAGCUCCUCCAAACCUGCUGAUAUUGGUCGCAAGGAUCAACCGAAGACAUCUGAUGACAGUACUUCUAGCAGCUCACCCGUUUCAUCUGACGACAAGAAGCCCGCUUCAACCAAAUCCAAACCAAGCAGCAAGCAUUCAUCCGGUGAUGAUACCAGCUCCUCUAAACCUGCUGACAUUGGUCGCAAGGAUCAGCCGAAGACAUCUGACAACAGUACUUCUAUUAGCUCAUCCAGUUUAUCUGACGACAAGAAGCCCACUUCAACCAAACCCAGCAGCAACCAUUCUUGUGGUAAGCCGGAUUCGUUUGAAGAUAAGAGUUCCAGCUCCCCAUCGUCUUCAAGUGCGUCAGCCCAAGAUCAAAAGCCAGGAUCAAAACCGGUAAGCCGAAGUCCAGCUAGCUCGAAAAAGUCUGAAUCUGAUAAGGAAGUCACCUUUGAUUUGUCGUUGUCAAAGAAACCUGAAUCGGAUUCCAAGGAAGAUGAUUCAUCUUCAAAACGAGAUAUAAAAGAAGCAGAAGUGAAGGUUGACAGAUGUCGAUCACCGUCCAGAUCUAAGUCAGAUGAUAUCAGCUCCUUCAAACCUGCUGACAUUGGUCGGAAUGAUCAGCCGAAGACAUCUGACAACAGUAAUUCUAUUAGCUCACCAAGUUCAUCUGACGACAAGAAGCCUGCAUUAACCAAACCUGAACCCAGCAGCAAGCAUUCUUCUAGUGAUGAUACCAGCUCCUCGAAACCUGCUGACAUUGGUCGCAAGGAUCAGCCGAAGACAUCUGAUGACAGUACUUCUAGCAGCUCACCAAGUUCAUCUGACGAAAAGAAGCCAGCAUCAACCAAAUCCAAACCAAGCAGCAAGCAUUCUUCUAGUGAUGAUACCAGCUCCUCGAAACCUGCUGACAUUGGUCACAAGGAUCAGCCAAAGACAUCUGAUGACAGUACUUCUAGCAGCUCACCCAGUUCAUCUGACGACAAGAAGCCCGCUUCAACCAAAUCCAAAUCAAGCAGCAAGAAUUCUUCUGGUAAGCUGGAUUCGGUCGAAAAUAAGAGUUCCAGCUCCCCAUCGUGUUCAAGUGCGUUAGCCCAAGAUCAAAAGCCAGGAUCAAAACCGGUAAGCCGAAGUCCAGGUAGCUCGAAAAAGUCUGAAUCCGAUAAGGAAGUCACUCUUGAUUUGUCGUUGUCAAAGAAACCUGAAUCGGAUUCCAAGGAAGAUGAAUCAUCCUCAGAACGAGAUAUAAAAGAAGAGGAAGUGAAAGUUGACAGAUCUCGAUCACCCUCCAGAUCUAAGUCAGAUGAUAACAGCUCCUCCAAACCUGCUGACAUUGGUCGCAAGGAUCAGUUGAAGACAUCUGACGACAGUACUUCUAGCAGCUCAUCCAUUUCAUCUGACGACAAGAAGCUUGCACCAACCAAAUCCAAACCAAGCAGCAACCAUUCUUGUGGUAAGCCGGAUUCGUUUGAAGAUAAGAGUUCCAGCUCCCCAUCGUCUUCAAGUGCGUCAGCCCAAGAUCAAAAGCCAGGAUCAAAACCGGUAAGCCGAAGUCCAGCUAGCUCGAAAAAGUCUGAAUCUGAUAAGGAAGUCACCUUUGAUUUGUCGUUGUCAAAGAAACCUGAAUCGGAUUCCAAGGAAGAUGAUUCAUCUUCAAAACGAGAUAUAAAAGAAGCAGAAGUGAAGGUUGACAGAUGUCGAUCACCGUCCAGAUCUAAGUCAGAUGAUAUCAGCUCCUUCAAACCUGCUGACAUUGGUCGGAAUGAUCAGCCGAAGACAUCUGACAACAGUAAUUCUAUUAGCUCACCAAGUUCAUCUGACGACAAGAAGCCUGCAUUAACCAAACCUGAACCCAGCAGCAAGCAUUCUUCUAGUGAUGAUACCAGCUCCUCGAAACCUGCUGACAUUGGUCGCAAGGAUCAGCCGAAGACAUCUGAUGACAGUACUUCUAGCAGCUCACCAAGUUCAUCUGACGACAAGAAGCCAGCAUCAACCAAAUCCAAACCAAGCAGCAAGCAUUCAUCCGGUGAUGAUACCAGCUCCUUUAAACCUGCUGACAUUGGUCGCAAGGAUCAGCCGAAGACAUCUAACGACAGUACUUCUAACAGUUCACCCUGUUCAUCUGACGAGAAGAAGCUGGCAUCAACCAAAUCCAAACCAAGCAGCAAGCAUUCUUCUAGUGAUGAUACCAGCUCCGCAAAACCUGCUGACAUUGGUCACAAGGAUCAGCCGAAGACAUCUGAUGACAGUACUUGUAGCAGCUCACCAAGUUCAUCUGACGACAAGAAGCCGGCAUCAACCAAAUCCAAACCAAGCAGCAAGCAUUCUUCUAGUGAUGAUACCAGCUCCGCAAAACCUGCUGACAUUGGUCGCAAGGAUCAGCCGAAGACAUCUGAUGACAGUACUUGUAGCAGCUCACCAAGUUCAUCUGACGACAAGAAGCCGGCAUCAACCAAAUCCAAACCAAGCAGCAAGCAUUAUUCUAGUGAUGAUACCAGCUCCGCAAAACCUGCUGACAUAGGUCGCAAGGAUCAGCCGAAGACAUCUGAUGACAGUACUUCUAGCAGCUCACCAAGUUCAUCUGACGACAAGAAGCCGGCAUCAACCAAAUCCAAACCAAGCAGCAAGCAUUCUUCUAGUGAUGAUACCAGCUCCUCUAAACCUGCUGACAUUGCUUACAAGGAUCAGCCGAAGACAUCUGAUGACAGUACUUCUAGCAGCUCACCAAGUUCAGCUGACGACAAGAAGCCGGCAUCAACCAAAUCCAAACCAAGCAGCAAGCAUUCUUCUGGUAAGCCGGAUUCGGAAUAUCUGGAUCCGGAUACUUCCUUCAUUGACAUAUCACUGGAAAGCGACAGCUCCAUUUUUAUUGCUGGAUCACGGUCUACGCAAUCCCUUGUCAAAAUAGAUUUUGACAAAUAUGAUACCGAAGAUCAACUCGAAAUCAAUAUUGCUCAGAUCAACGUUUUAAUAUCUGAUUACGGUCCGAUACUGACAAACCUCACCACCGACAUUAAUGAUGGUGUGAUCCUUUCAAUCCUGGUGAAUAUUCACAUACCCCAGUUUCUUAACGCAGUCUCUGAUCUUCCUCCAGAAGAGAAAAUAUCAGCAAGUCUAAUAGCUUCUGAGAAAUUCCUUCCAAUAUCAGGUCUGGGAUUGACUUUUGAGGACUUCACUUCAGACCACGAUCUCACUGUUCUGAUUCCAUUCUUUGUACAAUUUAUCGAUGACAGUUUCAUGGAUCAUGUUGUUGAUGUUCCCCUUGAUGUACUGGUGACAUUAUUGAGGUUCACUCCUUAUCCUGAUGGAGCUGACAACUUGAGCAGUACUUGUUCUCCCUUAUUAGACCAAAGAAUUCCAAACCGUUUUAAUAACGGAACUCCAGAUGUAAAUGAAAUUAAAGGAAAUCAUCCCGAAGACAAGGAUGGAAAGAUGUGGCGUCCUUUAUUGAUAGAAGAGGACAUUCCACCAGAACUAGAAAAUAAACCGUGCAUAUUUUUAGAGAUUUACGAGACUGUCAUUCCAAAUCGAGCACAGAACUCCACCGCGGAGGAAGCAAGUACAGAUGUGUCCGAUUUCAGUGAGAGUUUUAGCGCUCCCAUGUUGACGGAGCAAGAAGUUCUGGAGGUGGAGCAGUGUGUUGUUAUAGAAGUUCCUCGACAUUUGGUCGGUGACUUGAGUGUGAAGAAUGUUGCUACUGAAGAAGAGCCUGAAACUUGGUACUACACAACCAAACACAAUGGAAUCUGUGUCACCACCGAAGUCAAGGAGUACACCAAGAAAACAACGUAUGUGUACCCGGAAGGAACAAAACCCCCAGAGCUGGAUAACAUCUCACUGAAAAGCAAUUGCGUCCAAGAAAAGAGUAAGGUUUCUAAGAAGUUUACUCCGAUUGGUAACGAUGAAUUGGAGGCUCUGAUCGACUCCAACGAUCCCUUUGAUCUGUCGAGACUGGACACGGAUUCUCACACUCAUAUCUACAAUCUAGAUGAUGAUAAACGCAGCGAUGCAAGCUCUUUUACCUCAAAAGAUUUCAACAUCACCUCCUCGGGAGACAAAUCAGAGAAAUCGGAGAAGAUAGAAAUGGAAACAAGUUUGAACCACCCAGCUGUUUCAGAUAAACUACCUUCAGAAAACAUUAAGUUUACCAAGUCUGAUAGAGAGUCACCAGGUCCAGAGACGUGCAAGUUAAACCGACUGUCAUAUAACCAGGCGCUUAAGGAUGAAGUAGUGCAAUCUGACAAAAGUUCCACAUCUUCUUCUUCAUCCUCUUCUUCAUCCUCUACAGAUGCUAAAUCAGCUACUUUUAAUGACACAUCAGAAGGUAAAUCUGAUGGUAGUUACAAGAGUUCCAUUGUGGGAAAGAAAGGAUCAUUCUUCCCGAAUAUCUUCAAUAACAUUUGUAAAGGACCUGAUACAAAGAGUGUUGAUAUGCAGGACGAACCAGAAUCUCUGCCAACUGAUAAUACCAGCUGUGUAGGAGUGACAGUCGACAGCUCUUCAAAGCCAAGUAUUCGAGUAAGCAAAGACUCUAUAACUAUCCCCUCAAAAAAGAGCAGCAAAUCCAGUUUGGAAAAGAAGAGCAAACCCUCAAAGAUGCCAAUGUGUCCUCCAUUUGGCAAGAAAUAUCCUCCAACUUCACCAGUUUCAGAUCGAGCACCUUCACUGUCACCCCCCUCGAAACCACCGAGAUCACCUCAAGUUAUUCACAUACCUCUGACAGAUCCUGAAAGUGAGAAAGAAGAUCCAUUAUAUGAUGUACCUCUGGAGACUGUACCUGUGGAGACUGUACAUGUGGAGUCUGUAGCUGAUGUAGAGUCUGCUCCGGUUAGUGAUUCCGUUCCAGUGUGUCAGGUUGAGCCAACUUACGCAGAAAUUCCGUCAAUUGUUGAUGAUGUAGUGGAACAAGUGGAAGCAACUCCUGAAAUUGAAAUUGACCAUGAUCUCAAAUUAUCUUCACCAUUGACAGAAAAGUCCGAAUCAGGCAGAGAAGCAGAAACUCAUUCAAAGAAAACAACAUCCAAGGAGUCACCAAAAUCAUCAUUGAAACUCGAAACUUCGAUUAGAAUACCAUCAUUAAUAGACACCGAUUCAUCCCUUAAAAGCCCUCGAAAAUCCUCCUCAAAAGAUAAAGAAAAGAAAACAUCUCAUGUUCUGAAAACGCCACUUGAAAUACACCCCAAGGCAGUCCGAGUCCACGGUGAUAAAAAGAAACGACCCUUCAGUCUCUGCGGGUUGGGGAAACCGGAUAUCUCUGAAGAAGAACCAAAACCUAAAAGUGGACGACCAACAUCAUGCUUUGGAGGACAACCGUCACUUGAAAUGUCUUCCUCAGAUUCUGAUGACAAGGACGAUACUUUGAAACAUGGUCAGUCCAUAAGCUCGAUCGAGUCAUUUGUAAUAUCCUCCUCACUGGUGAGACCCAUUAAAAACCCUUCACUAAAACCAAGACAUCUUAAAGUCGGACUAAACCCCGACGGAUCCUUAAUGAUAGAUGAUAGCGGCUGUCUUCUUGACCCUGACGGCCAUCCCCUAGUUUACCUCGGUCCAGAUGGUUCCGAGAAACCCAACUUCCAUCCCGCUUUAGGCCCAGUUGUUGGACCGGAUGGGGCGGUUUACAGUCCAAACGGCAAGCCUAUGCUCAAUCCUGAUGGAAAGCCUAUAAUCCUGAGUCUGAAGCCUUCACAACCGGCACCACUUGUCCCAGUCCCUCCAGAUGACAAUGGGAAUCUGCUAGGACCUGACGGGGAACUGCUAAUUGGACCUGACGGUGAACCCAUCAAGUGCCUGGUGGAUGUGUGCAUACCUUAUAUUGACCCAGCUGGUAUUCUCCAUGGGCCGGAUAAAGAGCCCAUAAGGGACCCUGAAAAAGGGGAACCCAUCCGAAUAAAACUGAACCCUGAUGGAAGCAUUCCCCUGGACGAGAAUGGGAAUAUUCUAGAUGAGGACGGUAAAAUUGUGAGGCCCUCCAACCCCAUAAAACCAGGGAAAGAUCCAUUAAGUGUUGUGGUUAUAGCUCCUGAUGGAGGUGUGAUCGGACCAGAUGGGAAGCCUGUAAGGAAUAAUGAAGGAGAACCUGUCAAGACGUUGUGUCCAUGUGGGGAUACACCUCUCCAAGUAAAUGAUAUAGGUGAGCUACUGGACGCGGACGGACUCCCUAUAACAGUUGAGGAGAUACCUGUUACUCCUCUAGUGACCUAUAUUUUACCAGAAAUAGAACCAGAUGGGAGUGUGCUGGACCCCGAGUCGGGUCUCCCAGUUAUCACCCCGGAGGGGGUCCCCGUUCUUGUGGGACUCAGACCAGAUCCUAACUUUGUACCAGUAGAUAUGUGCCCCAGUGGUCCAAAUGAGGAGGGUAUGUUGGUGGAUGAUGAAGGGAUCCUUUUAUUGGGACCAGACGGUAAUCCUGUAAAGUGUCCUUCAGUUAGGAUUGGUUGUCCAUACAUCUCAGAUGAUGGAACUAUGCAUGGUCCUGAUAAGUUACCACUCCUUAAUCCAGAGACUGGGAAACCCAUCAAGAUAAAACUCAAUCCUGAUGGGAGUCUCCCGGUGAACGAUGAUAAAAAUAUGCUAGAUGAGAAUGGAGAUGUGAUUCCUGGAUUGAAACUAGGUGAAACACCUUUGGGAGACGUUAUCAUAGCUCCUGAUGGAUUAGUGCUCGGACCGGACGGGAAACCAUUGCUUGAUAGCGAAGGAGAACCCAGAACAGUACACCACCCAGACACUGGCAUACCCCUCACUGUUAACGAGGACGGAGACUUGCUCGACACAAAAGAAAACCCAAUUCCACUUCCUGGAUCCGAAAAACCCAGGAGAAGCUUAAACCCAUACUCCCUCAGAAAGCACUCCCACUGGGAACUGAGGUUGGCCAAGCUCUGCAGCGAGCACAACACCUCCAGUAACACCACCACUGUGCCGACCAGUAAACCUGCUCUACUAGGGGGACUGCUCAAUAAGAUCCGGGGCAGGAAGAAGGAGAGGACCACACCCCAACUGAAGAGAUCAACCUCCGUCCCUACAUCCCUCUACUCCAGCACUGAGUCCCUGAUAGUGGUCACCUACAGGAUCCGUAAGAAGCGAGGUCAAAGUGCUCCUCCUCAAGCGAAGAAGAGACGCCCCACUUUGGUGACUAUUGACUGUAACUAUGGUGACGCCCCUACCUACUUGUCACCAAUGUAUGUGGCAGACAUUGUAGGAACCUUCAACUCAGAAGAGACAACCCCAGCACCCGAAGUAGUCGGUUACCAUGACAACAUCCUGGAUAAGAUCCGUCAGUUUAAAGACACCCCACCUACCACCGGUGCUAAAGAGAACCAGUCCCACGUCUUCACGUCCUGUCACUGCAGCUCCGCAACUACUCGCAGCUCCGUGGGUAUCGGCACGGGGUGUGAUGUAAUCCAGCACGAACAGUUUCAGUACAUUCCUAACCUGGUGGAUCUGGAGUACAUGCGCGAGAUGGGCACACAAACAGACAUGAUAGAAGAGACGUGCGUUACCACGGACAACUGCACGUGCGAGCUGUGCACCGCACUGACGGCGCACCUGGAAGAGCUGGCACUGAGCAUGGGUAUCGGAAGUGAGGUUGUGCACUUGUUUGUGCACGUGUGUCAGACUUGUCCUCUUCUUGCGGAGGAGAGCAGGGACCAGUAG